AUGGGGGCGAAAGAGAAAAAAGAGGGCGACGCCUCGUCCUCCGCCUACGGGGAAAAGUGCAAAUAUGACCCCUCCUUUCGUGGCCCUAUCAAGAAGAGGAGCUGCACUGAUAUUAUUUGCUGCAUCCUCUUUAUGCUUUUCCUUGUCGGCUACAUCGUAGUAGGACUUCUGGCUUGGCUGUAUGGAGAUCCUCGUCAGGUGAUUUACCCCAGGAAUUCGACCGGUUCCUAUUGUGGAGUUAGCGAAAACCGAGGCAAGCCUUUUGUUCUCUAUUUCAACAUGAUACAAUGCGUCACCUCUCUAAAUGUCAUAUCCGCCGCAAUGAACGGAUUGCAGUGCCCAACACCGCAGGUCUGUGUCUCGUCCUGCCCUACCAGCUUCUUUGUGGUGCUCCCCACCAGCUACAGCAGCCCGCCUUCGAGCGUGUGGGACCAGGAGUGGUGUCAGUCUAGCAUUAACCUGACCACUACAGAACUGACUGUGCCAGAUAUACUCAACAAACAGCUUUGUCCUGAAUUCAUCAUCCCAUCCACAGCAGUCUUCAUGCGUUGCUUCCCUGAUUUAAAUGCCACUCAAGACUAUACUAACAAACACCUGACAAAUGAAACACGGGAUAUGAUCACAACUGGUGCCAACCAGAUUGUCGAGGCGCUCAAUGCCAAGAAUAUCGGGAUGAAGAUCUUUGAGGACUUUGCACGGACGUGGUACUGGAUCCUGAUCGUGCUGGCAUUGACGAUGGUCCUGAGCCUCCUGUUUCUCCUGCUGCUGCGUUUUGUUGCUGGAAUUCUGGUGUGGAUCCUCAUCUUUGGUGUGCUGGUCAUCAUUGCUUAUGGAAUCUACCACUGUGCCAUGGAGUACCGCAACUUCCAGUCUCAGGGAGCCACCAUCAAAGAUGUGGGUUUUACCACGAACCUCAGAGUCUACGGCCAAGUCAAGGAGACAUGGCUGGCUGUUUUGAUCAUCCUCUCUGUGCUGGAAGUCAUCUUGCUGCUCACCCUCAUCUUUCUCCGCAACCGGAUCCGCAUUGCCAUUACCCUCAUCAAGGAAGCCAGCCGAGCCAUUGGAUACAUGAUGGGUUCUCUCCUUUACCCGCUGGUGACCUUUUUCCUGCUGCUGAUUUGUGUGGCCUAUUGGGCUAUGACUGCCCUAUAUCUGGCCACCUCUGGAAGUCCGCUCUACCGCGUCACCCCUGUGAACAUCAGUAAUGCCGGCUGCUCGGAAAUCUCUGGUAACGAGAGCUGCAACCCCCUGUUCUUCAAUGCCUCCUCCUACUCCCCUUGCUCUGUGAACUGCAUCUUCUACAAGUACCAGGAUGAAGGGCUGUUCCAGCGCAACAUCUUCAACCUGCAAAUCUACAACGUCUUGGGCUUCCUGUGGUGCAUCAACUUUGUCCUCGCCCUGGGACAGUGCGUGCUGGCCGGCGCCUUCGCCUCUUACUACUGGGCCUUCAACAAGCCCCGAGACAUCCCAGCCUGCGCUGUGACCAGCUCUUUCAUCCGGACAUUACGUUACCACACCGGUUCCAUUGCUUUCGGUGCCCUCAUCAUCACUAUCGUCCAGGUCAUCCGCAUCGCGCUGGAAUAUCUAGACCACAAGCUGAAAGACCUCCAGAACCCAGUGGCCCGGUGUAUUCUGUGCUGCCUGAAGUGCUGCUUCUGGUGCCUGGAGAAGUUCCUCAAGUUCCUCAACAGAAACGCCUACAUAAUGAUUGCCAUUUACGGAAAGAACUUCUGCACAUCGGCAAAAAAUGCCUUUGGGCUCCUGAUGCGGAAUGUGGUCAGGGUGGUGGUCCUGGAUAAAAUAACUGACCUGCUGCUGUUUUUUGGGACGCUGUUGGUGGUCGGUGGAGCUGGAGUCCUGUCUUUCUUCUUGUUCACGGGACGAAUCUCGAUAGGGGACUAUCAGUUUAAGUCUGCUCAACUGAACUACUAUUGGCUGCCCAUUCUGACUGUUGUUGUCGGUGCCUACCUCAUUGCCCGAGGGUUCUUCAGUGUCUACAAUAUGUGUGUCGACACCCUGUUCCUCUGUUUCUUGGAAGACCUGGAACGGAACGACGGCUCCCUAGAGAAGCCAUAUUACAUGUCCAAGUCCCUCAUGAAGAUCCUCGACAAGAAGAACAAGUAAUUCAAGGAAGAUGUUCAAAAUAGCUCUAGAAACUGUGGAAGCCCAUCUGCUCAACAGAACUGGUCCAUAUCAUUUCUCACCAUUCCCACUUUCCUGUCAGCCAUGUCUGGAUUUUAGGCCCAGUGCUGCCAGGUAAUAACUGAAUGUAUCUUUUCAUCCUCAUCCCCCCCGCCCCCACUCCAGUUUAUCUUGAAGGGUUUGGGGGCAUUGCCCUUGAAGGCUGGGCGACACUGACCCCAUUUUCUUCUGCUGAAUGGUAGCCAUAUCUGUUUUCUUGACAUAGUUCAGAACACAGCUGUGAAGUCCGCCUUUAACAGCCAUGCUUUUUAGAGCCAGAUGGAGACAGUGGCAGCCAUAAAGAGUAUUUUGCUCUUGCCAUUGUCUUAAAUAUAUAUAUAUUAAUCACUUGGCCAAUUUUUUUCCAUUCCCACCCCCCCUCAGCAUCAGAUACAUCACUUCCUUGCCUGCCUAGUCCCCUCCCCCUUUCUUCCGGACUGAUAAUGCUUGACUCCCCAUCUUGUCUUACUCCUUCACAAGGAACCAAGAGGUCAUCCUCCUUCCCCUUGGCUAUUGGGUCAUGUUGGCCUCAUCCAUUCCCCUGAGGUUUAUUGAAUCUUUGGCUUAUUUUGCACAAUGUCAUAAUGGCUUACUAAAGCUACACAGGCCUGGUCUACAAAUGCAAGUUCUGAGACAGAACUGUAUAUCCAUUUGGACUGCAGGUGAGGGUACCCAUUUUUUUUAACGUUCCCCUAUGUAAAACUUUCCCUGAAAGCAAACAAAACAAAUGAACCAGCCCAUGGGAGAGUUUCUAACUCUGCUGUGUUAAUAUUUCUGUGCAAAGAGAAUUUUUGACAGAGGGAAACAUUCAAAAAGUACUAUCCCUUCCGUUGUGGUUGAAAAUGGCACAGUCCAGUUGAAUGUUUCAGGUUUCUGCCACCUCAUUUUGCUUUUAUAUGUAGGCCAGCCUGAACUGAUAGGUCAUCUCUGCCCAACGAGUGUUCUGCCUGGCUGAAUUUUAUUUCUGAUCUGUGCGACCUUAUAGAAAAAUAGCAACUGGCUUUUUUCUUUUUUGGGGAGGGGGGGUGUCUUUGCUAUUCCCUGAGUCAGAACAUGUGACUAGGAACCAGAAGGGAGUCCCUUCUAAAGUUAGCAGAUGGAAAGGCAGUCAGUUCUAGUUGUGCUGAAUGGUGGCCUUGUUUCCCUAAUUAGUUUCAUUGGUGAGUUGAAUUGAUUGUUUCCCAGCUUACUUCCUGGAAUCACUCUUUGUCCAGGCUUAUAGUUUCCAAAACCCAUUUUCUGUUUGUUUUCUAUCCAUGCUUCUAAUUUGCCUCCCAGCCACACUGAUAGAUUGCUGUGGCCCUGCCUGCCCCUUUUUAUAAUAUGUAGAAAACUUCCGGUUUGUGGUACAGAACUCAAUCAACACUCCAUGGGAUCCCCUUUUAUAUUAUCAAACGUGGCUAAAAAAUGUACUGUACAUAGAUUUUUUUUCUUUCUGUACAAAGAUUAAAAGCUAUUUUAUAGGAGGUACAAAAUUUAUUAAAACUGAUUUUAAGUAAA